AGAAGGUCUCUUCUUCUGUAUUAAUUAACAAACAAUAAACAAGCUUAUAAGAAAGGGAGAAACGUACAAAGUCAAGCUAGAUUCUAUUUAGCUCUCACAAUCCUCAGCCAAAAUCAGAAGGGGAAAUUAUUGCGGUUGAGUGAGCUGGUUUUGGAAUUUAAAGCAUUUAGCUACAGAACUCUUGCCCCCAUUUAUCCUUGGAAGGCAAAGGGGGCAAUGGGAAGAGCUCCAUGUUGUGAGAAAGGCAAGGUGAAGAAAGGGCCUUGGUCUCCUGAUGAGGACGCCAUUCUCAAAAGUUAUGUAGAAACUCAUGGCAUUGCUGGUACCUGGAUUGCUCUGCCUACUAAAGCUGGGUUGAAGAGAUGUGGGAAAAGUUGUAGGUUAAGAUGGCUAAACUAUCUCAGACCCAAUAUCAAGCAUGGGGAAUUUACAGAAGAGGAAGACAAUGUCAUUUUUAAUCUCUUCAAUCAAUAUGGAAGCAGAUGGUCUACCAUAGCCUCUCAACUCCCAGGUAGAACAGACAAUGAUGUAAAAAACCAUUGGAAUACUAAACUGAAGAAGAAGAAGAAGAAGCUGUUCCUUGCAGCCAAAACCCAGAGUCAUCUUCACUCACAAUCCCCACUCCUACAUACACAAGAAACAGACUUCACUGAAAUUAUUAACCACACACCAAUCUCAUGCAUUGCUGCAUUAGACAACUCAGUCGAUCAGUUCCAGAUUCCCACAGUUUCCGAACCGGGUGCCGGUAGUGACAGUAGAGAUCAAUGGAGUUCAAUGGAACCAUGGGGCUGUGAUUUCCCAGCAGACAUGAUAUGCAGCAUGUUGUUUUAAGAAGAAAAAAAAAAUAGUGAAUUGGAAAGAUGGUUGUUUAGUAGGCUAUUGAUAAUAUAUGAACACAAUGCUACUACGUAAUAACCGUUCCAUUUGAAUCCUAAAAUUUGUAUGCUUUUUGUAUUAUAUAUAAAACUGAAGAUUGAACCAAA